AUGCAGACACUUGUCGAUGCUCAGCAUACCAAAAUUAUUGCACAUGUGUCAGAGACAUCCAAGGAUGGUGUUGCAGUAGAACUUGACAACUGUGCUUUCAGCUGGGGUAAGAGUAAGUUUGGAUUGGAUCCGAUCACACUGUGCAUCAAGGCUGGCGAGUUUGUAACGAUAAUCGGAUGCAUUGGCAGUGGCAAGUCGUCAUUACUUUCAGGGCUGUGCGGCGAGAUGCCUAUCGUCAGUGGACAUGGCCGCAUGUGUGGAAAUAUUGGCUAUGUCAGCCAGAAACCAUACAUUAUGAACAACACCUUCCGCGAGAACGUGCUCAUGGGUGCUGAGUAUGACGAGAAAUGGAUGCAUCAGGUGCUUGAAGCCUGUGCUCUGUCCGAGGAUGUCAAGCAGUUUGCAGCUGGCGAUCUGUCAGAGAUUGGCCCUAAUGGCAUUAACCUGUCCGGCGGUCAAAAGGUCCGACUGGCACUAGCGAGGGCGCUGUACCUAAAAGCGGACGUUUACAUCUUUGACGACUUGCUUGCAGCUGUUGAUGCACGAGUCGAGCGCCUCAUUGUCGAGCGUGUUUUAGCAUCUGGCGGCAUCAUUGGCAAUAAAACGCGUAUUCUAGUCACCCAUGCUGAUCAUCUGGUGCCACUGAGCAGCAAGGUUGUCACGCUUGCUGAGGGGCAUGCUGUG